CUAUCAAAUUUUAAGAACAUGGUGCUAUCGACAUGUCUCCAGCUCGUGUUCCAUGAAGCUGUAAUUCAAAAAGACACUUUGCAGCUGCGCCUGGGAACGCUGCACGAUCAGAGCAAACCUUUUGUAAUGCUGCAAAUCUCGACGAUCUUCUAACAACUGAGCAUUUUACAGAAAGGCUGGGUUUAUUUACACUUUAGGAACUCGUCUAGAAUUAACCUGACGCCACGAAUGUUCUCCAGAGGCUAUGAUGGCUAACUGAAAGUCAGGACACUUGGGUGAGUGGUAGUGGGCAGGUAGGCGGCUGCUUGGCUGCCGUGCAGCGUUCACUCGCGCAGUGCCUUUGGCCUGGUCUACUCCAAUAAACCUGCACUAGGUCAAAUCAGGUUAGCUUAGCCGCAUGUAUUUAACUCUGCGCUUUGACAGUCAAACCGCAGAUUUCGUGUCCGCUAUCUAGUGUUAAAAUUUUUCUUUUUUUGAAAGUACAAUUUUUAAGAGUGUUAGCAUGAGACGGCUAGUGUGUUAGUGCGUGUAUGGAGUCCCAGUACGCUGCUACACCAGGCGCCACAUGACUGACUGACUGACUGGGUUAUAUCUGGAGCAGUACUUAGGAACCACAGGAGAUGCCACUCAGGUUUCGGUCCUUUGUCCCAUACACGCUUCCUGGAGUGCUUGCACUCAUAGGCUGGUGGUGGUACAUUUCUCGCAAGAAAGCACGGAUCACCAGCCAUGACCGCAAGGAGGAACCAGUUGUGGGCCUGCUGGCUUCACCUGCUCAGGGCACUAAUGGAAUGGUGGAGACCCCACAUAGCAGACCCUGCUUGGAUAAACCUAGUGCCAAAGAACCGGUGUCUGUUGAGCAGGAAACUGUAGCACAGAUUCACACAAUGGCAACAAGCACCUCUGUAGAAGAACCAGUCAGCUCCCCAGUGGUAGUGGAAAAGCUGGCCAUGCCUCCUCCCUGUAGCAUUGCAACUACAGACUCCAAACAGAGCAGCCUUGAAGUGGUCGUGGAAACAUCUCCCAUCUUAUCCUCAAUGCCGUCAAAUCUCGUUGAGGAGAGUCCUCCAUAUGAGAGACCGGAGUCGGUUGUUCUAAAAAAUGAGUCAAGCCUGUUGGCUGCUAAAGCAGAGCUGGACACUUCUGGCUCAGUCAGCCAGUCUUGGGAUCAAACACUUGUCAAACAGGAGAAUGACACUAAGGAAAUGCCGCCACUUAUAUGUCAGGCUGUGGAGUUGUCCAAAGCAGAGCGCCCAGAGCCUGAAGGAGAGGUGGCUGAUGAUGUAUUGGUUGUGCCAUUUGCUGAGAACUUCCAAGCAGACUUGGCAAAAGACAGUCUAUCUACAAAAGAUGACUUGGCAGCUGUUUCACCAACAACUGAGGAUCAGUGUCCUCAAGACGCAUCACAGCAGUCACUUGGUCAUGAUAGUCCACUGCUUCCUAACUCAUUUCCAAUUUCCACCAGUUCACCUGUCUUGAAUGAUUUCAUACAAGUCCAGAACCACGAGAACGGAGACCUGAGCCGUCCAGUUGAGAGCAGCGACAGCAUGGAGGAGCUGCAACGCCUUGCAACUGGUCUCAUCACCGAAGUCAUUUCAGCAGCUGCCCAGGAGGUCAUGGCAGUCAGCAGCUCCACAUCUCAGCUCAGCGAGGGUCCAGAGGCUGCUCACAGCAUCACAUCUACUUUAAACGGAAAGGAAAUGGUCAGGGAAGACGAUGAGCAUGUGUCUCAGGUGGGUUCGUCUUCUGAAGGCGACCAGGAUCAUGUAGAGCAGCACGCAGCACAGAUUGCCAAGGACGUCAUCAAUGGCUGCCUCACUCCCUCUGUUUGGGAGAAGUCUGAGCUGCAGGACAGGUUUGCUCUCGGUGACCAUCAGGGACAGUUCGAAUCGACUCGGAUCUUGCCCAAGGUUCAGGCCAAAGAGGAGGCUGUGAUAGGAACAGAGGAUUCUGGGUGUAGCACUUGCCAGUCAGAGGAUGGCAUCAGCAACGAGGACCUUGUCAUCAGUACAGAUUUGUCAUCAGCAGUGCAUGACAGCAAAGAGGACUUGAUUCAGAUUUCAGGGAUCUUGACUUCAGAGGGAAAAGGUGAUGGGCAUCAGGAAAGCUCUGAUUCAGCAGUCCAGGAGGAGACUGUGCUGAGCACAGAGCACGUAACGGCUACCUCUGAACGAGCACAGGUGAACGGGGAAGCUCUUGGGAAUGGAACCAGUGAAGCAGAGGCUGAUCAGUCUGGAGGUUCGGAUGUAAACAGUAUGGAUUCAGUAGACAGCUGCUCCGCUUUGAGGACAGGAAGCGGUCAGCAGAGUGGCAGCCAGGCCAGUCAAACCCAGAGCUCCGAGCUGAUUGUGUGGGAAAUAGAGGUGCCAAAGCAUCUAGUUGGUCGAUUAAUUGGAAAACAGGGAAGGUAUGUGAGCUUUCUGAAGCAGAGCUCUGGUGCAAAGAUCUACAUCUCAACUCUGCCUUACACUCAAGAGUUCCAGAUCUGCCAUAUAGAGGGCACCCAGCAGCAGGUAGAUAAAGCAGUAGGCUUGAUUGGUAAGAAGUUUAAAGACCUGGACCUGACCAACCUGUAUGCUCCUCCGUCGUUGCCUCUCUCUCUCCCCUCUCUGCCCAUGACUUCUUGGCUCCUGCUUCCUAACGGCGUAACGGUGGAGGUGAUAGUGGUGAACAUCGUCUCUGCGGGCCACGUGUUUGUCCAGCAGCACACGCACCCUACAUACCACGCUCUGCGCAGUCUGGACCAGCAGAUGUUCCUGUGCUACUCUCAGCCUGGCACUCCUGCCCUGCCCUCACCUGCUGAAAUCGGUGUGAUCUGUGCGGCUCCUGCAGUGGAGGGAGCGUGGUGGCGAGCGCAGGUCAUCUCCUUCUACAAGGAUUCCAAUGAAGUGGAGAUCCGAUACGUGGACUACGGCGGCUACGACCGAGUGAAGAUUGAUACUCUUCGUCAGAUUAGGUCUGACUUUGUGACGUUACCGUUCCAAGGGACAGAAGUGUUAUUGGACAACAUCGCUCCUCUUCCCGGAGAGGAUAGCUUUUCAACUGAAGCCAACUCCGCACUGGAGGAGAUGACACGAGGGCUACCUUUGCUUGCACAGGUCACAAAUUAUGACAAUAACACAGGCCUUCCAUUAGUACAAAUGUGGAACAUGGUUGGAGAUGAGCUGGUUCUUCUGAAUCGUACGUUAGCAGAGCGAGGUUUAGCUACGUGGGUGGACAGUUUCUGAUCCCUUGCCCUCCUGUUCUUCUCUCACCCUCCGUCCCCUCCUUCACUUUUUAGACCCCGCACUACCUGAAGUGCACAUCACUGGCUAGCAGAAAAUUACUUUUUUUUUUUUUUUUUUAAGGUUUUGCUUUCUACUCCCUUUCAAAAUCAAUUAAUGUACUGUAGCGGAGGACAGAAAUAAACAAGGAGAUGGCCAAGUUUUGAUCAAAGAAUGUCUUGUAAAAGAAAAACUGAAAAAAGAAAUCUCUUCGGUGGUGUAAAUUGAAGGAAAUCUUAUAAUGAAAUCAAAUUGAUUGUGUUUUCUGUCCAACGAGGCUCCUUUGGCACAAAUCAGACUGUGGAUUUAUGAGCUAUAAUUGUAUUUAAAAAAGGAAAAAAAAAAAGGUGUACAUUAAAAAUGUAACAAUGGUGCAGUUUGUAAAGACUGUUGAUGCUCGGGUUUGGGACUAAUUUCAGCGACUUGUGUAUAUUUUUGUAGCUCUAUCUCACAAGUUCACGUGAUUUAUUGGAUUUAUUUCCAAGUGGUCCACUACUGCAAGGCCCAAAGUCCCAAACACCUGUGCACAUUCAGUGUUUAGAACAGGACUCAUCUUUGUCCUAAGAAACACACUGUGCAAAGGGGUGUGUGUAUGUGUGCGCACACGGGUGCGUGCGCGUGCGAUCCUCUACCACAGAGUCUUGUUCAUCAAUGUGGCCUUAUGGAGGGAAAUAAAAUCCUGCCCUCUGCUGCCCACAGUCUGUGGGACAUGUCCUGCAAAUUGCCUUCAGUGUGAACAUCCUCCAUAUGCAGCUUGUUUCUCUGUUGCUCUUAUUGAAGUCCAUUUAUUGAAGAGUUUCUCAUGUAUCUCAAGGAAAACCCUAAAGCACUGGCCUGUGCUUCACUUGAUCAUGGCUUCACUACAUGUUUAUCCUGACUUGUGAUGACACUUCCACAUCAGAGCACUGAGGUGUAUCUAUCAGAGCUCAGGCUCCUCGUUUGGGUAGAUGAACUGCAUUUAGUGUGCUGUGUCAUCUGUAUGCAUGCCGUCCUGUUCAGAGCACAUCUUUGAUCCACACGUCACAUAAACCUACACUUCACUAUCUCGUAUGGCUUUGCAUAAACACCAGAGGAGGUUUGGUCACUUGUUUGUAGUCUACUGUACCCAAAGUCAGGUUCCUUAGAUCAAAAUGGUGGUCAUGGUCAAUAGCGAAUGUCUGUAAUGUGAAAUGUUUGGAAUGUCCAUGGUUUAAUCAGUCCCAUUACGCUGGCUGCUAAAAUAAGCACUCCUAAUACUGGUUUGUUGUAAAAGAUAAAGCUUUAAGAAGUUUCAUUCAGGUUGUGUGUGCUUUUUUUUUUUUUUUUUAAAUUAUAAAGUUUUUUUGUGUGUCACAGAGUAUGUUGCAUUCAGGGCUCACUCAUCCAGAUUUCUGCUGCUAUACCACUUCCAUCCUAAUGUUGCCAAUUCCGAUCCUGAUAGAAUUUCACAAGCUGUUUUUCAUUUGGUCUGAUUUUCUUUUUACAUGAACAUUAAUUCCCCGUAAUGAUUUGCUCUUAUGCAGUUAUGUUUGUGCUGCUAUUGUAAUUGAAGACAACAUCUGUCUGGUUUCAACCUAACUUCAAAAACUUGAAUUGUGUUUUCCCUUGAUCUAUUUUGUUGUGUGGGUUGUUUUUUUUUUUUUUCUUCUUGAUCUAAAAAGAUUUGUUGUGUGAGCCCAGCAGCCUUGUAAACUGUUAAGACGAUGUGUUUCUGUAGACUGCAACGGGGUGGACACUUUUCUAUAACCUUCCUCUCUCUGAAAUACUAUCGGAUCUGUAAUAUCUGUGGAAUGGGAAUUAUUUUUUUCCUGCCUGUAGCUCAGGUUGUUGGGUGUAAUUGUCUGAAGCUGUACAGAAAGAAAUUAACACACCAGGCAGCGAUGUACUAGAGAAUGUAUUCAAAGGUAUUUCUGCACUAUACAGUCAAACAAAUAAGGCAGCACAGCAACUUAAAUGCAGGAACUGUUUGGUUUCCAACACCCCCACCCUGCCUCUUUGUUUGCAAUUUUCAUAAUUCCCAGUAAAUUUCUGACCAUUUGUUCUGUUAUUUAACGAUUGAUGUUCAUGGCCUUUUCUUCUCAUGCUUUUCCAUUGCCAUGUUUCAUCAACUCCCCUCAACAGAAUACUUGUUCAAGUCUGUGUAAAUAAAGGUUUGCUGUUCUUUUGUACGACACUGAGAAGCGUGUAUGAGAACAAAGGGAUCAUAUUUUUCCCCCUCUUCACCCCGACUACAUUUUUCUGUUUUAUAGGACUGGUUUGAAGUGUUUUGCUUGGCUAGUUGAUUUAAUUAUUUGAGUGCAAAGCAAUCCUGCCCACAGCAUAACCAUGUACAGGUCAGUUUUUGCUAGACUCAUGAAAAGGUUUGAAUCUUGGUUGUACAGAUCUCUCUAUAUAUAUUAUAUACAUAAAAAGAGAAUAAAACUAUUAAAACAUA